GGCAGGCAGUAAGCACUCAAGCCGACCUUGAAUCCGAGGUCUAACUUUGAUCAGAUGAAGCUAGUGAAAGGAACUGGGAAGGAAAGCAUUCAGGGAAUAGCAAAUCCAGGUGGCUGCCAGGCACCAAAGGUCCAGGAGAGGAGUGGUAAGAGUAAGGGCUGGGGCCAAGUAGUGCAACCUUUGAAUGCUAGCAUAAGAAGUCUUUAACCCUUAACCUACCGGUUCAUUUCUCUGCCCCGUCAUUUGCACCUUUACAUCUGACACCUACUUUCAUCAGGAACUUCACUGCAAAGGUGCAAAACAAAGUUGGUGGUAGCUGUCUUUGUGAUUAUAGGGUGUCAUGGAACAGGCUGCUGCUGUGAGUGGCUGAACAGAAAGCUGGUCUCUUUAGUGCUAACAAAACUAGACUCAGGCUGGAUUAGAAAGCACAUCUAAUUUUGGGAAGGUUUCAAAACCCUGUCAGCCUUCAACAAUAUUAACCAGGGCUGUGAUCUCAGACUGAGAAUACCAAUUUAAUCCUUCUCAAAUUUGCCUUCAUUAUAUGACAGCCCUGCUCAAGGAUCUACGAUGAGUUGUAUUACCUACAAUAGGUCAUUCAAAUCCCUCUGCCUGGAAUCCAAGGUUAUGCCUAAUCCAACCCCGCCAAACCUUUUCAAACUUAUCUGUUACUAUCAACCUCCUUUCCUAGUCAGUAGGGCUAAAUUACAACAGGGCUAGUGUUACUGUCUUAGUAGAGCUGAGUUACAUUUAAAGUACAUAAUAGUUAAGGCCAUUUUUUUCAAGCAUAAAAAAUAUAAAUUUUAGGGGCAUCUGGGUGGCUCAAUCGGUUGAGCAUCCAGCUCUUGAUUUCAGCUCAGGUCAUGAUCCCAGGGUAGUGGCAUCAAGCCCGGUGUCAGGCCCCACGCCAAGUGUGGAGCCCGCUUAAGACUCUCGCUUCCUCUGCCUUUCUCUCUUGCUCGUGUGCUCUCUCUCUCUCUCUCUCUUUAUAUAUAUAUAUAUAUACACACACACACACACACACACACAUAUAUAAAUACAUAUAUACACAUAUAAAAUAUUUAUAAAAACUUGGCAGUCCUUAUCAUGCUGUAUUCUUAAGUGUGUUCUGAACUUGAAAAGCCCAAAAUUAUUGUGUUCAUACUGUAUAAAUGUGAAAGAAUAGUCACAAAUGACACUGAUGUAACAGUAGGGGGAAGGUGUAUGCAUUAUCAGUGAAUGUUAAACACUUAAGAUUUUACAGUUCACUGGAGAUGAAUUGUACACCAAAAUAAACUGUAAACCAACUCUAGUUAAUAAUAUGCCUACCAAAGUAUUUAGGAGGAAGUAUUUAGAAGGAUAUCUGCAAUUUAAAUAGACAGAAAGAUGUGUGACAAAGCAAGUUAUGUUAAAAUGUUAAUGGUAGUUGAGGUGUUGUGUGUAGGUGUGUCUGUUAUGAAAUUCUCUGCUGUAUGUUUGAAAUUUUUGAUACUAAAACACAGGGGGAAAUGGCAUUGAUAACACACUAUGCUUCGUGAAGCUGUAAGAAGUUAAAAUUGUUGGAAUGGCAGCAUCAAGCAUUUGCUCCCUGAUGCUUCCUUGCUGGCAUGCACAUAACCCACGAAGCCCUUAUUUUCUGGUGUGGUAUACUCUCUGUUUGCAUGGUUAUCUCUCCUACCACAGUAUAAGUUCCUGGUGGGCACAGAACCAGUCUAAUCUGGAUUUACAUACUUAUUGCUUUGUAUCGUGUUUGGAGAAUAGUAUGUGUUCAGUAAUGGUGGGAUGACUGAAUGAAAGUGUAACUGCUAAGGACCAAAGUAAUAUACUCUCUCACAAUUCACUUUUUUCAUUUCUCACGUACACUAAAAGUUAGUACGUUCCGUGUUCAAGAGAAAUGUUGUCUUUUAUUUUUCCCCAAGCAUGCAAAAUUUCUAAAAGUAAAACAAAACUCAUCUGUGUUGAUUACUUUGUAUUCUAUUACUUAAACAAGUCUGAAGACCUCCUGACACUCAACAACUCUUUAGGUUUUUGUUUUUGUUUUUGUUUUUUUUUCCUUUUUCUGAAAGUGAGGUCUCCGACUUCCAAGGACAUCUGGAAUUUGUUUUAAGCAAAUCUUAGAUAUGUUGUGAGAACUAAGAGGUUCCUGAACUGGCCAAAAGCAGGAAACCGGAGAUCUGGGGAAAAGAUAAAAACAAACACUACAUAAAAAGCUCACGAAGCAAAUUAAUCAAGAACUUUCCUAAGAAACGGAGGGAAAGUCUUAAGGAGGCUUCGCGGAACAUCUCAAACUCCCCCCAGAGCGGCUUCUCCCCUCCUCUCUCCUAUCACAGCCAGUCAGAGAUAGCGCCGCGCGGCCACUCCCAACAUGCCACGCGACUGGAGCUGGUGCCGCGGAAGAUGCUGCUUCUCACGUCAACCUCCGCGAAACAACGUGCUUUCUCGGCGGGAGCAGCAGAGUCCGAACUGGAAAACCUAGGGCGCAACGAGCCCCUGAAGAAAGAGCGGCUGAAGUGGAAGAGUGACUACCCCAUGACCGACGGGCAGCUGCGGAGCAAACGGGACGAGUUCUGGGACACAGCACCUGCCUUUGAGGGCCGCAAGGAGAUCUGGGACGCCCUCAAGGCCGCCGCCUAUGCAGCCGAGGCCAAUGACCAUGAGCUAGCUCAGGCCAUCCUGGACGGAGCCAGCAUCACCCUGCCUCAUGGCACCCUCUGUGAAUGCUACGACGAGCUGGGCAAUCGCUACCAGCUGCCCAUCUACUGCCUGUCGCCACCUGUGAACCUGCUGCUGGAGCACACUGAGGAGGAGAGUCUGGAGCCCCCCGAGCCCACGCCCAGCGUGCGCCGCGAGUUCCCAUUAAAGGUGCGCCUCUCCACAGGCAAGGACGUGAGGCUCAGCGCCAGCCUGCCCGACACGGUGGGGCAGCUCAAGAGGCAACUGCACACCCAGGAGGGCAUCGAGCCGUCCUGGCAGCGGUGGUUCUUCUCUGGGAAGCUGCUCACAGACCGCACGCGACUCCAGGAAACCAAGAUCCAGAAAGAUUUUGUCAUCCAGGUCAUCAUCAACCAGCCCCCACCACCCCAGGACUGAUGAGCCCACGGACCCUGGGAGGAGAGGCCGAGGAGGCCUCCGCGGGGCUUAGAGGCCUCCCGGCUGGGCACCAGGUCCCCCCACCCUGCUGCUGCCUCCAAGUGCUGUUACUUUCCUCAAGGGCGCCUCCCGCUGGAUGGCUGCUGGGCAAGCCGUGAAGGGACCCUGCCUCCCAGGGGCACCGUGGGCCACCAGCGCCCCACACCCAGGAAGCAGUGCUGCCUCACACAGGCUUUGCCAACCUCGUCAGAGGAAGGGCAAACUGGGGUGUUCCACCCUGCCUCUCUCCCACAGCAGGUUCGAGCCACAAGGGCCAGCCCGGAGGCGCCUGGAGCCCAGAUCUGUCGUCUGGUGCUGCCGGCUGUGCUCACUCCGGUUUUCUGCUCAGGGUCUGAAGCAGCUGCUGUCCCCUUCCCCUGCCCCCACUCCCUGAAUCUGCCCUGGGCCCAGUGCCAAUCCCCUGGAAGGGAGGGGAUGGCUUGUGAGCCCCAGGGGCAGGGAGCCCGAGGCCGGCCUCUGCCUCUCCCUGCCCCCCGGCACAAUUGGCAGAGAUGGGGCAGGCUGGUGGCCGGAAGGCUGUGCUGUCGUGGCAGGGGUCUGCACAGGGCCAUCUCCUGGCUGUAACCCAAGCGGUGGGGGGUCUGCAGCCUGGUCAUGGCCCAUAACAGGUCCCUGUGUACAGACAUAUCUGCAUAUUUAUCAAUAAAGCCUUUUGCUCCUUC